AUGGCGGAGAUUCUCUUAAGAUUAGGAAGCGACGAGAUUACAUCGGCCAAUGGGACACCUCUGAACAACCAUCCCAACUGGACCUGUCAGCCGGACCUGUUUGCUGGACCUGUCACCCCGGGUCGGCCCACAUCCGAGGACGAGUCCCGAGGUGUCCGUUUACCUGCGGGCUUUAUGACACCUACACCCCCACGAGAACCUUCCUGGCCCCACAGAUUACACCUACACCCCCACGAGAACCUCCCUGGCCCCACAGAUGACAACUACACCCCCACGAGAACCUCCCUGGCCCCACAGAUGACACCUACACCCCACGAGAACCUUCCUGGCCCCACAGAUGACACCCCUACACCCGCACGAGAACCUCCUGACCCCACAGAUGACACCUACACCCCCACGAGAACCUUCCUGACCCACAGAUGA